UCCAUCUCAAAAAAAAAAAAAAAAAUUUUUUUUUAGUACUGUGUUUGGUUUGAUUUCCAUAUGGAAGUUAGGUACUAUUUCCUUUUUUAUUGAUUGGGUCAUUUUUAUUGAUCAGAUCUAAAACAUACAGCUUGAGGCAAAGAUUAAGAUACUAAUAAUUUUGGAAGUCCAAGCCCAAGGACAAACAGAGAAGCCAGGCAAAGUAAGAUGUAAUGCAACGCAGUGCUAGGGGUUAUCACCCUGGUUACUGCUUCACAAUGAGCCUGAUGCUGCUGGUCUGGGAAUUACAUUUAGAGAUCCAUUGACCUAGAAAAUAGAGUUUAAACUAAGCAGCAUGAACAUUAUAGAGAUUUCUCAUGCCCCUUUGCAUACCUUCCAUUCCUUCCUCACCACCAAGUCCCUAGGGUUCAGUCACACAGUCUACAAGAUUUUCCAAAGCAUCGUCUAUACUUUCAUUUCUUGUGAUCUUUGUAAUCCACCCCCCUGCCCCCACUCUCUGCAUGAUAGAUGAUGAAAAAGGGAACUCUGAAGAGAGAGGGAGAGAGAGAGAGACAUGCCUUAUUCUGAUUCUUCACCUCAUUUUCCUCUUAGAAAGUCCCCUACUCAUCAUCCAAGAUCUUAUUGAAAUGCCACUACUAUAGAAACUUCUCCAAUCGUGUCUUUAAAUUACAAUGAACCACUGAUUUCUGUUAUCCUAAUAUUUUAUAUGUAUCUCAAUGCAGAUAUGAUACCAAAACUGAUUACCCUACUCUCUGCCUUGAAGGUGGUACUGGUGGCUGACCACUAAGUACUGCAUCAGCUCUGUUCUCUGAUUGCUCUUUGGGUUCUGCAGUGGGAGGUACCAGCAGAGAUCCGAAGGCAGGGGGAGAGAGAGCUUGGGAUGUUUAUAUUCCCUCAGCUAUCUCCUGUAAGCAGUCAUGGGUUCUACCUGCUGGCACCUACCUAUGGGUAUAGCUCUUACCAAGUUCAGAUGCCCCCUCCCUUGCCCCUUUGGCCUAGAUGGUAAGGGGAGAAGGCUGUGUCACCUUUUUUCACUGGUUUCCUUAACCCUUUGCCUGCACCUGUGUAAGUAAUUUCUUUAUUAAAUUAUCUUCAAUUAUUCAUUUUGAGUAUAUCAUCCAUAUACUGCCAGGAUUUUCAUGAUACACCAGGCAACUGUAUUAAUCUAUGUUUUAUUUCUCCAACUCCUUACUUCCCCCCUUAUUCCAAACAGAAGGGAUCCAUGUCUAAUUCAUCUUUAUAAUCUUAACACAUGCCAGGCAUAUCAAAGGCCUUCAAUACACGUUGGUUGAAUUAAAUUAAAUAAUGCCGCAUUGGGCAAAAGGGGAACCUGACUCUGGCCCUAGCUUAGGGAGCACAGGAAAGAACCCAGUGUAUUUUUCUAAAGAUGGGUGUGUAGCGAGAGUGGAGGAGAAAGGAAUGGGAUGCCCAGCAGAAAAGGAAACGAAUACUGAUUUUUGUGUUUUAAUGUGCCAGGCAUUCUGCAGACUUUUAUCUCAUUUAAUCUUCAUGAUAAUACCGUGAAAUAGUUAUGGCUGUGCCCACUGUACAGAUCCUAUUGACUGAGGUUACACAACUAAUAAAAUUGCAGCGCCCAGGAUUUUUGACCCAGGAUUUGUCUGGCAGCAACGUCUGUCCCAAAGGGCAACACGAUCCCGAGACAGUUUGCAAGCUUGAGGCCUCAGUCUUUGGCAGAAGCGGUUUUCAGAGAAAAGAAAGCGAAAGAAGCUCGAGGCACAAGCCUGUUAGAUGGGACGCCCCAGCAGUCCGGGCGAGCUGAGGAGGCCUGGGCCCGGCUCUUUCCCCCGGCUGCUCUGAGUCCCUGGGCUCCGACCCCCGAAAGGCUUGCGCAGGGAGUUGCACCUGUACUUCCAGAGCACGACGAGAUCAGGAGGCGGGGAGCGAGCGGUCAGCUGGGAACCCGGGGGCGCGUCAGGCCUCCCGGCGCUCUUCCUCCGGGAGGAUGUCCAGAGACGAGUUCAGCAAGAAAGAUUAUUUUUCAAUCAGAAAUGUUCUAGCUUCAAUCCAAACCAAAGAAGGUCUGAACCUCAAGUUGAUAAGUGGAGAUGUUCUGUACAUCUGGGCCGAUGUCAUUGUCAACACCGUUCCCAUGAAUCUUCAGCUUGGAGGAGGAUCGCUAUCUUGGGCAAUUUUGCACAAAGCCGGUCCCAUGCUCCAGAAAGAGUUAGAUGCCACCAGGCAGGAAGCAGAGGAGAAAGUGGGUAGCAUAUUCAUGACAAGUGGCUGCAAUCUGGACUGCAAAGCUGUGCUCCAUGUCGUGGCUCCAGGCUGGGAUAAUGGAGCAGGGACUUCUUGGCAGAUCAUGGCAAAUAUAAUCAAGAAAUCUUUGACAACCGUAGAUCAGCUAUCUUUCUCAUCAAUCACAUUUCCCCUGAUUGGAACAGGAAAUCUGCAGUUUCCCAAAGCUGUUUUUGCUAAACUAAUCCUUUCAGAAGUGUUCAAAUACAGUAGCAGAGCAAGGCCGAAAACUUUACAAGAAGUCCACUUUCUGGUACAUACAGAUGACGAUGAAGGCUAUCAGGCAUUUUUAGAUGAAUUCACUAAAUGGUCAAGAAGAAAUCCCAACAAGGCCAGGAUUCCCAUGGCUGGAGAUACCCAAGGUACCUUCGGGACUGUCUCUAAUCCUUGGUUCACAGCAUAUGAAAUGAAAAUUGGUGCAAUUACUUUUCAGGUUGCUACUGGAGACAUAACUGAAGAAAAGGUAGAUGUUAUUGUAAACUCAACAACAAGGACAUUUAGUCUGAAAUCAGGUGUGUCAAAGGCUAUUUUAGAAGGUGCUGGACCAGCUGUGGAAAAUGAAUGUGCUAUGCUAGCGGCACAGCCUCACGGAGAUUUUAUAAUUACACAAGGUGGAGGCUUAACAUGCGAAAUAAUAAUUCAUGUUCUUGGGGAAAAUGAUGUCAGGAGAACGGUCACCAGUGUUCUAGAAGAGUGUGAACAGAGGAAGUACACCUCAGUUUCCCUUCCAGCCAUUGGAACAGGAAAUGCCAGAAAAAACCCAAUCACAGUUGCUGAUAACAUAAUUGAUGCUAUUGUAGACUUCUCAAGGAAACAUUCCACCCCAUCAUUAAAAACUGUUAAAGUUGUCCUCUUUCUACCUGAGCUGCUAAAUAUAUUCUAUGACAGCAUGAGAAAAAGAGACAUCACCGCAUCACCGACCUUUCAAUCCACAUUCUCCACAACUACAUAUAAUCUUCCUGAACACUGGACUGACAUGAAUCAUCAGCUAUCUUGCAUGGUCCAGCUACACCCAGGACAAUCAGAAUAUAAUACCAUAAAGGACAAGUUCACCCAAACUUGUUCUUCCUACACAAUAGAGAAGAUUGAGAGGAUACAGAAUGCGUUUCUUUGGCAGAGCUACCAGGUAAAGAAAAAGCACAUGGAUAUCAAGAAUGGCCAUACAAAUAAUGAGAGACUACUCUUCCAUGGGACAGAUGCAGACUCAGUGCCACAUGUCAAUCAGCACGGCUUUAAUCGAAGUUAUGCUGGGAAGAAUGCUGUAGCCUAUGGAAAAGGAACCUAUUUUGCUGUGGAUGCCAGUUAUUCUGCCAAGGACACCUACUCCAGGCCAGACAGCAAUGGGAGAAAGCACAUGUACGUUGUGCGAGUACUUACUGGAGUCUACACACAGGGACAUGCAGAAUUAGUUGCCCCUCCACCCAAGAAUCCUCACAGUGCCACAGAUCUCUUUGACUCAGUGACAGAUGAUACACUAUAUCCAAGGCUAUUUGUGGUAUUCUUUGAUAAUCAGGCUUACCCAGAAUAUCUCAUAACUUUCAGGUCUUAAAAAUAUUUUCACCAUCAAAGAGAUGAUUUAAGUCAUCUGUAAGAACAACGUGCAGUCUUUGUCUUUGCUUUUGGCUUGUUUAAGCAGAUAAAACUUUCCCUUUCAGGUGCUAACAUGCUGAAAAUUACCUUUUUAAAAUGCUCUAUCGCUGCAAUUUGUAGCAUACCUUUUUUUCUGAGCAAAUUGGUGGGUGGAAGCUGAGAAAUGUAUGGUAAAUGUCACAGUUAUAGCUACAACUAUUCACAGACACCAAAUCUCUAGGAGAAUAAAAAGCACAUUAUUCUUUUCUAUCAGGAAAAAAACAAGAUACAUCAUCUUAAAGCCAAAAUGACAUUGCUCUUCUUGGAACAUGUUAAGGCCUCGAACUGUGGCAGGUUAAACUGUACUACUUAAGUGGAGAGGCUACUGUUACACAUCUUUAACAGCUGGGGAUUUCACCUUAUUAAGAUAAACUUGUCAAUAGUUCAGCUGAAAUGACUGAAUCACAGAAUAUGACCUCAACUCUGUUAUGGAACACAUCAUAACAGAUUUUACCUGUUUACAUUUCAGGUAAAAAUGUAUUGCAUUAUCUAUUGCUAUGUAAAAAUGACUCCCAAUUUUAGUGACUUAAUCCCACACAAUCUUUGUGGGUCAGGAAUUCAGGUCUGCUAGGGUGUCUCUGAAGUUACAGACAAGAUGUGAAGGGAUGCGGUCAUCUGAAGGCUUGUCUGGGCUGGGGGUCUAUUUCCAAGGUGAAUCACUCACAUACCUGCCCAUUUCUGCUGGGUACUGGCAGUCCUCAGUGCCUCUCCACAGGCUGCUUGAGUGUCCUCAUGACACAACAGCUGGCUUACUCCAGAGUGAGCAACUCAGGAGAGCAAGGCAGAAGCCACCAAGUCUUUAUGACUGAAGUCAUACACUACCGAGAACAAGCUCGGUCUGGAGACCCCCACCCAGGCAGGCUGAAGGUAUUUGAGAGGCAGACACUCAGAUAACACAACAAAAUGGACCUAUCCUGGGGACCAACAGCCUGACAGUCUAUGGGGCUGACAGCUUUCCAGGACUGAAGGCCCUGAGCAAAGCUUCAUUCACUCUUUUGCUCUUUGACAGGUGAUUCUUAUUAAUACACAGGUGUUUUACAUAUUCACGUAACUCAGGAAUAUACCAGGUAGGCAGUUAUUACGCACCUACCACUAAUAACAAACUAAAAGUAACUUCAUUGGGGGAGGGUAAACUUAAUGUUUCUCAACAAUACACCAUGUUUUCCAAAGUAUCCUAUUGAUUACUUGGAUCAGCUUGUUCAAUCCAGGAGGGAAUUGCACAAGGGCAUGAAUACACACUGGCAAGGCUCAUUGGGGGCCAUCUUGGAAGUUGUAUGAUUGAGCAAAUGAAUGCACAAAUAGAAUGUUAGCAGUAAAAAUGAUGUUAGAGGUCCUCUACCCCACUGUCCUCUUGUCCUUCUCCCCCAGCCUUCCCCUGCUCCCAGGCAAGAAGCCCUCUAACCUAUGCUUGAUCACUUUCAGCAUUCAGCAUCUUGAUGGAACCUAUCCCACUGUGGGACAGCAUUAUUUACUGGAAAACUUUUUUUUCAAAAGUUGAAAUCAGUUCCUCUAUGUAUAUUACCUACUGAUCACUGUCCAGACCUAUGGAGGACACAGAAUAAGUUUUAUUCCUCCUGCUGAUGGUAGCCUUUCAGAUCCAUCCCUUCCCUCCAGUAUAUUAGAGUCACGUAAAUUCUUAAAAUGCUUAACAGCUCAUUUCUCCUGAAGCAUCACUUUUGAAGAGUUAUAGACAUUUAAGAAGUAUUUACAUUAUUAUAAAUAAAUUACAUGCACAUUUAAAGAGGACAGAAGAGUAUAAAGAAAAAUAACUCACCAAACUCACUCGUAAUUUUAGCACUAAGGGAAAACCACUGCCAAUUUCUCAUGUUCUCCCUUCCAGUUUCUUCUCCAUCCAAAUUCAACAAAGUCAAAAUCACAUUUUGUGCAGUCAUGAAUCAUAUAAUAUUAUUUCUAUUAUUUUUCAUUUAACAUUACAAGUUGUUCUCUUGUGGUGUUAUUUUUUCUGCAAACACAAUUUUAAUGGCUGAGUUAUUCUGUUUUGUAUCUUUUCCUUAUUUUUAUGUACAUAGAAUUAUAGUUUUAAAAACUGUGAUCAUCUUAUAGUUUAAUAAUCAGUUUUAUUUUGCAGUGUAUCAUUUUCCUCAUGUCAUUAAAUAUUUUAUGUAUCAUUUUUAAUGGUCGCAUAGUAUUUCAUUGCAUGUUUCUACCUAUAUGUCAUGUCAAAAUAAGGCACCUAUAUUUCUUGAUAAAUAUGAGGUUAGAAUAUGAGAUGUAAAGAUCCUAAUCUACCUUCAAAAGGCAGUUAAAAUGCUCUAUUGCUGCAAUUUGUAGGUUACCUGAAGGAAAUACAGUCCCAGAGAACAAAGCAAGGUUAAGUAAUGCAGUUACUGCCUGGACCUUGGCUCUUAGUCCCAGUGCAGAAUUCUAGUGAGCCAUGUUAGAACAAGAAAGGACUCCUAGCCUGGGCAACAUAGGGAGACCCUGUCUAUUUUUAUUCUACAAAAAAAAAAAAAAAAAAAUUAGCCCAGCAUGGUGGUGCAUGCCUGUGGUCCCAGCUACUUGGGAGGCUGUGGUGGGAGGAUCGCUUGGACCAGGGGGUUGAGGCUGCAGUGAGCCAUGCUCUUCCCACUUCAGUCCAGCCUGGAUCACAGAGCAAAACCCUAUCUCAA